GGGCACAUCAAGUGUUUUCAUAUAAUUGUACUUUUGUGUUCAAAAUAAUCGAAGAAGAAGAAAGACCCCCUCAGCUGAGGAAAAUGGCCGACAUUGAGAUGGACAUCGCGUCCAGAAUAAUGAAUAAUGGCAACGAACACGUGAAGCAGGAUCUGGAGAGCCAUGAAAGAAGUGGGAAUGAGGACAGCGGAGACGUGUCUGAAGAAGAAGAAGAAGAGGAGGAAGAGGAGGAGGCAGAGACUAAUGGCGAGAAAACAGAAGAGGGGGCCAAACAUCACACUAGCAGUGGUAAACACAAGAGGAAAAAACACAAGCACCGUAGUAAGCACAAAAAACACAAGCAUGCCUCUGAUGAGGACAAGGACCGCAAACGCAAGCAUCGUCACAAACACAGGAAACACAAACGUAAAGAGGGCUCCUCCCCCUCUGGUGCUGCCCUCUUUGCCUCCUCCAGCCACAGAAAAGUUGAGUCCUCUCCCUCCUCUGGAAACCCCAGUCUGGACGACAGGGCCUUGCUGGAGGAUUUGGAGAAACAGAGGGCCAUGAUCAAAGCUGAGCUGGACAGCCAGUUGAUGGAAGGCAAGGUCCAGUCAGGCAUGGGCCUGAUCCUUCAGGGUUAUAACUCUGGAUCUGAAGAAGAUGGAGAAGCUAGGAUGAGAAAUGGAGAGCAGCGUCAAAGAGGUAGCUCAGGGAAACCCAUAUCUCCCAGAGGGGGAAAAGGUGGGAAAUCUAGACGGGACUCAACAGAGGGCAGUAAGUCCAGCGCCAAGCGCCGUAGUAGGAGCAAGUCUGCGGAAAGGCUAGGACAGGCCAAGGAGCCUAAACAGGACAAGGUGACCAAAACCACCAAGGACACAGCUGUUAAAGACAGAGGCCGUGGCAGGAGUAGGUCGAAAGAAAGAAAGCCUUCAGAUAGCACUGAUAGGUCCAAGGAGAGAACCAGGAAGUCCAACUCCCCCACCACCUGGAGAGGAGAGCAGAAGGGCAGUCGCACUGAUAAACGUCCCUCUCCACCACGGGAUGACAGACCAAACCAGGAGAGAGCAGGCCGGAGGUCCAGAUCGCCCGGACGAGAACGACCAAGUCGCUCAGAUGCCGACAGGGACAAGCGGCCAGCCAAAUCCCCGUCCAAGGAUGCUUCAUCGGGUAAGGAGAACCGCUCACCUCAUAGACGAGGGCCUCACAGUCCCCUGAGGAAACGCAGUGCUUCCCCUCGCCACAGAGAUUCUCACCACCCCCCGGCCUCUGCCGCAGACAGGACAUCGAAACAGAGCAACUCUCCAUCCAGAACAAGGUCCCCGCCCAGAAGAGCCCGCAGCCGCUCACCAGACUCCAGGAGGAGAGAUGCUGACAGGCAGGACUCGCCAAUGAGGAAGCGCCCUCGGCCAGAUUUGGGGCCCGGCAGAGAUUGGUCACGAGAGAACAGUCCCAGAUCAGCUGCUCGCCGCAGGAUGAGUCGCUCACCUCUAAGACGGCGGUCACCAUCCCCACGACGACGCUCCCGCUCUUCCCCCCGCAGACGGAGCAGGUCUCCACUGGGACACAGGACUGGAGAGAGGGACAGGUAUGGACGGCUCAGACAGUACAGACGAUCAAUGUCCCGCGAUCGGGAGAGGAGAAGACGACGCAGCAGAGAUGAGGACAAGUUCAAGGGCAGCCUUUCAGAGGGCAUGAAAGUCGAACGGGAGUCCUCAGAGGAAGAAGUGUUAGAGGACUUUGAUGGAGAGGAGGUAGACGAAGAAGCUCUGAUUGAACAGCGCCGCCAGCAGCGCUUGGCCAUUGUCCAGAAAUACAAGGUUGUGAAUGAUGACAACACCAACAUGGUGUCCGAGCCCAGCAGCCCUCAGAGCAGCACACGCAGCCGUUCACCCUCACCCGAUGACAUCUUGGAACGGGUAGCAGCGGAUGUCAAGGAGUACGAACGCGAGAACCUCAACACCUUCGAGGCCAGCAUCAAAGCCAAGCACAACCUCAUCGCCCAGGAGAAAGACGGAGCCAACCCAAAGAAGCCUUCAGCCCCCGACAUGUUUACAGAGUCAGAUGACAUGUUUGCUGCUGACUUUGAUAGUGCCAGGAUGAGAGCAGCAGGUGUAGGGAAGGACUUCAAGGAAAACCCCAACCUCAGGGACAACUGGACUGAUGCUGAGGGUUACUACCGGGUGAACAUUGGAGAGACACUCGACAAACGCUAUGAUGUUUACGGCUACACUGGCCAGGGUGUGUUCAGUAAUGUGAUCAGAGCCAGAGACACUGCCAGGGCUGGCCAGGAGGUGGCAGUCAAGAUCAUCCGAAACAAUGAGCUCAUGCAGAAGACCGGGUUGAAAGAGUUAGAAUUCCUCAAGAAGCUGAAUGACGCUGAUCCUGAUGACAAGUUCCACUGCCUUCGCCUCUUCAGGCACUUUUACCACAAGCAGCAUCUUUGUCUGGUGUUUGAGCCUCUCAGUAUGAAUUUGCGAGAGGUGUUGAAGAAAUACGGCAAAGACGUCGGGCUCCACAUCAAGGCUGUGCGUUCGUACAGUCAGCAGCUCUUCUUGGCCCUUAAGCUGCUCAAACGAUGCAACAUACUCCACGCUGACAUCAAGCCAGACAAUAUCCUGGUGAACGAGUCAAAGACUAUUUUGAAGCUUUGUGACUUUGGCUCUGCGUCCCAUGUGGCAGACAACGACAUCACACCAUACCUGGUCAGCAGAUUCUACAGAGCUCCAGAAAUCAUCAUAGGCAAGCCGUAUGACUAUGGGAUUGACAUGUGGUCCGUUGGCUGCACUUUAUAUGAGCUUUACACUGGCAAAAUCCUGUUCCCUGGAUCUUCCAACAACCACAUGAUCAAACUAGCUAUGGACCUCAAGGGCAAGAUGCCCAACAAGAUGAUCCGUAAAGGCUUGUUCAAAGACCAGCACUUCGAUCAGAAUUUGAACUUCCUGUACAUUGAAGUAGACAAAGUGACAGAAAGGGAGAAGGUGACGGUGAUGAGCACCAUCAACCCCACCAAAGACCUGCUGGCAGACAUGAUAGGAUGCCAGCGACUGCCUGAGGACCAGAGGAAGAAAGUGAUGCAGCUGAAGGACCUGCUGGAUGGCACCCUGAUGCUGGACCCAGCCAAACGCAUCAGCAUCAACCAGGCCCUGCAGCACCCCUUUAUCCAGGAGAAGAUCUGAUACCCUGAACGCCACACCCUCCCAGAGCAGAACCACUAAACCCGCUCUGACAGGAACCCUGCAGCGAAGCAGCAAACCCACAGACAGGAUUUUUGUUCUUCCUCAACUUUAUUUUGUUUAUGGAUACAUAAUUGUGUUUUAUUGUAAAUAGAUCAUUGAAAUGGUAGCCAUUCUUGAAGACAUUGAUUUUGCGAUAUAUCAUUGUAAACUUCCCGCCCCCUCCCAUACCCGGCAAUGCAGUUUAUGGACGUUUCUCUUUUUUAUUUAACUGGCAUUGGAGUGACAGAUGUUUAAAAGAAAAAUAUAAUUCCUGUAAAUACUGUAUGUCUAUUGCAUUAACAAUCUCAAGCAGCAGACAGUUGAGUUUUGUCGUAGUUGCAGAUGACUAAAUACAUAAUUUCAUUUUCUUUUCUUUUUUUUUUUUAACCACAAUUCUCAUUGUGGGGCGAUGCAUGCUUUUGAAUGUGCACCCUUUGUGCUCUAGAUUUCUGUGGUGCAGGCCUGUGUAAAUGCUCUGUAUGUGCAUCAGUGUCCCACAUGUGACGGCAAAACCCCCCCACCCAACCCCUAACCAAGUCUUCAGGCCUCGAGGUCUGAGCUGAAGGAAUAGAUGCAUAUUAUGUACUCCUUGAACAAGAUUUUUUUUUCAAAGCAGGUAGUCAUUGUUUUCUGUUGCUGGACAUUUCCAUGUUUUUUACCUUCCUCCCCCUCCAGCACUCUGGCUCGGUCCUGGCUCUUAAGGCUCUCACAUUCAAGUGCCUCCUGUAUGAGCCUAGUGUGUUAGAACACCCGACAAUGCGGGCCUGUUGAAGCCACACCUGUGACCCUCCUCUCCCAUUGUUGUACAUAGUCCAUAGUUACUGUCAUUUCAUUUGUGAUUUAUUUGUUGUUUUUUUCCAUUUAAGUGGUAAAAAAAACAAUCUUGUGAUUUCAAUAAAGAAUAGUUGUGGAAACGCUGCUGAAAGAGCACCUUCAGUAUAAGACAACUUUUUAGUAAUAAAAUGUUUCCUAUUGUAUACCAAA